UCCCGGGAAGUCGCCUCAUCCAGCAGCUCUUUGUCCCGCUGCUGUGUGUGUGUCAGUCCCGGGCUGAGCUGCUCGAGUCAUGGCGGCGGCGCCCGCGAACCCCCGCACCGGGAGCCCGAGCCCGAGAGCGCAGCUGCCGCCCUGCUAUUACGAGGGAUACCUGGAGAAAAGAGGAGCGAAAGACAAGGUUGCUCUGCGUUUGUGGACCUGUUUAUGUGGAAACACACUGUACUUCUUCAACACCCCUAAGGACACAAGUUUUGUAGAGAAGCUGGACCUGAGUGGGUUUGUGUCUCUGAUCGAUGACCCAAGUCGUGAUCGGAAUCUGGAGGCGGCCAGACUGAACCUCCGGAUGAAGGAUGGAGAAAUCAAACUCACUGCUCCUAAUCUGGAGGCGCGUGAGCUGUGGAAAGGUUUUCUCUACUCUGUCGUAGAUCUGGCUGUGCCCACGACUCUCACCCUUCUGCCCGGGCAGCUGCACAUGCUGAAAGAAGUCGUGGAGAAAGAAAAAAUGCGUCGAAAGGCACGCGUGUCCUCCAGAGCCCCCGCGUCCCCCCUCUCGCUCCCGCUGGUGGGGGAAAUACCUGCGUGUUUCAGGCCUGUGUCUCGUACUGAAGCUGAGGUGCUGUUAGAAAGACAUCCAGACUGCGGGAACAUGCUGCUCAGACCAGGCCGAGACGGAUCUUCACUCGCUGUCACCACAAGACAAGACCUGAAUGGAUCAGUGUUCAGGCAUUACAGAGUGACACAGAAGCAGCAGGGUGGUUACAUCAUCGAUGUGGAAAGCCCAAUCCCUUGUCCCACACUGCAUGAUGUCAUCAAUGCCCUGAUGGAGAAAACUGCCGGGACUCUUCAGCCCUUUAUAUUAGAAGAGCCUUAUGAGGAGAACAUCACGUUUGUGUCGUCCAACGAUGAGAAUGGAGAGCGAACCCUGCACUCCGCUCUCUCUGGACCUCUUUCUCGUACUCCAUCACUGCCACCUAAACAAGUAGGUGCAGACAGAUGGUCGCUGCGGUCACAGACCAGAUCUCCCAGUUCCUCACCAAGAUCCUUUUCCCCGCCUGGCUCCCCAUCCAACUCCAUGAGAAGGCUGGUUCUGUCUCCCUCGCCGCUCUCUCAGAGUCUUACAGACGAGCUCAAACAGAAGCUGGAGAAGAGACGGGCCAGUCAACAGUGAUUUCCUCCCUUCGUCGUCUCAUUCUUCCAGUGCCUUCCAGUAAAGACUGAUGUCCUGUUGAACAGAUGAGGACUCCCUGUAAUCGCCACUCUUCCCUCAGUGUGACUGAAACAAUGGCACUUUAUUUGGCAUAAUCAAUAACACAAGAGCCGAGGUCCACCAGCUAUCCUGCCUCAUAAUAAUGCUGUCACAGAAUGAUGCUGUUUCCGUUAAAAGGGAAAAACCUGUGCCAAGAUUCUCGAUACCUCUUACACUCUCUGUUCUAUUAAUGAUUAGACAUCAGCACGCAGGCUUUGACUGACAAAACCAUGUGUCGAGAGCACAUUUCCGCACAUUUAAGAAAGAAGCACAUCAAAUUUGUCUUAAAAUUAAAGACUUUCAUUACUGUUUUUAAUCAAACACUAACUGUGAACUGGAGAUAAUUUAUCUAUAAGCUCAGAUUAAUGUGAAUCUAGUAUUGUUCAAGGUAGGAUGCAAAAUUAUAAACUGGUUUUAGCUGGUCUCCCAACCUAAACAGCGAAAAAAGUAGUUAAAAAACCUCUAAAACCAGCCUGCAAAGCAGCUAUUACAAGGCUGGAAGACAAGCUAAUACCAGCCAAACUGAUAUAUAUAUAUAUAUAUAUAUAUAUAUAUAUAUAUAUAUAUA